AUGUCGAAACGAAUGCCAAGCUUUGUCGAUCUGGCGCAUCGAACCGCAGUGACCGGUCUCGUGGGUCUGGGCAUCUGGGGACUCUGGCUUACAGCUGCUGUAUGGAAGUCUCGUCGCGAUGAACGAUUGAUCAUCGCGUCCAACGGCGGCCAAAUCCCGAUCUCGCAACAGGCGCUCGCACUCUCGCAGCAGCAGAACGGCCAAGAUCCAUUCCCAAUCACAAACGACCCAAAGCACGAGCCGGAAGUCAAGGAGCACCUCUCUUCUGGCCAUCAUCGCAUCCUGCACACCACACCCUAUACCCUGCAUCGCACCAUGAGCGCGCCAUCCACCUCGAAAGCCAACGGAGGCAACGGAGCGACGAGCAGCAAGGCGGCGCCAUCGCCCACGCUCUACGUCAAGAACAUCGAGGGCAAGAUCAAGAAGCCUGAACUGCGUCGGCAAUUGUACUCGCUCUUCUCCGCAUAUGGGCGCGUGCUGGACGUAGUGGCGACCCGUGCACCCGGGAUGCGGGGCCAGGCGUUCGUCGUGUUCGAAAACCCCACCACGUCGACGGCGGCCAAACGCGCACUGCACUCGUUCGUCUUCUACGGCAAGGAGCUGCACAUCGACUAUGCGACGGGUGCCAAAUCCAGAGCCAUCCUGCGCCGCGAGAUCGGCCACGAUGCUGUGCACGAGAUGGAUCUCGAACGAAGCAAGACCACCGUCAGUCGGCGUGGCGAGAAACGCACGGUCGAAUCCAAACCCGACUCGGACGACGAAGAGGACGCAGGGAGGAAACGUGCAAAGCUCGACGACGCAGAUGAAAAGGUGGUCAAGGCCCUCGAUGUACCAGAAGCUAUCGAGGUCGGCGUAUUGCAGGCUCUGUUUGCAAGACAGGAGGGCUAUGUAGAGGUGACGGUGUCGGAGCAAAAGGCGGGGACGUGGACGGCAAAGGUAGAAUUCGAGGAUGCGCAAAAGGCUCGCGCCGCAAAGGACGCUCUCAACAACAUCCAGCUCGAUCCAACGUACUCACUCGCCCUCGUCACGCAAUGA